GAUUGGGCGGAUGUUGCGCUCAGAAGGAGGCUUGAAACGCACGGAUUUGCUUUGCGGCAGGUUUAUAGCACGCUGACGUUUUGCACGGACGGUGCUGUCUGAAGUAAGCCACCAAUGGGGCUGCUUCAGAAUCUCGCCCGCGGCUUCGUCCGGGGAUCCGACCGAAUGGCCAAAAUCACUAGCAAAAUGGGACCUAACUCCUUCAACAGGGGUAGAGGAGCCAAGAGGGUGGGCUUCCUGACCUCCAACAAGAAGUUUGUCCGAGUGAAGGAGAUGGUGCCCGAAUUCAUAGUCCCGGACCUGAGCGGCUUCAAGCUGCGGCCGUACGUCUCCUACAAGGUUCCGGCCGUGACCGAGGAAAAGAUGACCGCCAAGAAACUGUUCCUGGAAACCGCCGCUCCGGCCAUACAGAAGGACAUUGAGAGCGGCACCUUCGAUCCCAAUAACCUGGAAAAGUACGGAUUCGAACCCACCCAAGAAGGCAAAUUAUUCCAGCUGUACCCAAAGAAUUACGUCCAGUAGCCGCGAUCGGACUGCGAUAGUUAACCCCAUGUUAUAGCGCUGAGUUUGGUAAUUAAACGGAAAAUACCUAACACGGCCAACACCGAUUUAUUAAUGCGGAAACCAUAGCCAGCCAGGCAUCUCCCCUGGAGCGGCCAGGAGUACUACAGCUCUGAUCAGGUGACCGGCCGUCCAGAGCGAGAGCCGCUGACCGGUGACUCGGAGGGAGGGCCCCCCCCCCCCAUUGAUGGUGGCCA